UUAAACUUUGGAAAAUGAUGUAUAUAAGGUAAAUAGCUCAGUUAAUGGGUAAAGGGGCUGAAACUGAAUAAAGAGAAUAGUUGAAGAGGGAGAGACAUAGAGAGAAAUGAAAGAGGUGAAGUAUUUAAAAAUGAAUAGAAGCAUGGGAGAUGACAGGGGGCAUUGUUGGAAUCAGCCUGUUGGCCACGCGGGCCCCAGCCCCGACUCCCCGAGCACCAUCAGCAAUUCAGCAGUCUACCAGUCCUCCCUCCGCGGCCGUCUGCUACUUCUGUGAUCUCUCCUCCCCCGUCUUUCGUCUCCGGUUGCAUCCCCGACGUCCUCGCCUGCGGUGAGCGACUCCCGCUCCCGCCCCCCGCCCAACUGACCGCGGAUCUUUCGGCCGGCCGAAAUCCCCGUCCUUCUUGGACGCCGCUCUCUCCUCUCCUGUUCUCGCUUCCGCCGCAGCGUGAGCCCGACUGUAUGGGGUUAGGAUAGAUUCUUUCGGGAAAAUACUCUCGAGGCUCCGCGGCCGCCUUUCAUAGCUGGAGACGCACGAGCAUCGGCAUAAAAGCUCGCGUUUUCCUAUCCGGGACCCCGAAAUUCCGAUCCUUUUUCUUCGGCAGGGAACAGUGCAAAAAGGGGGGAGGGACUGGGACAUUAGUUUCUGCGCCUCACCUGCUUGAUCGAUCUGGCGAUUUUAACCUCUUUGUCCUUUGGAGAAGUUCCUCAUCUUCAGAGUCGUGUCGUGGGGCGUGCUAGGUGGGAGGGCGGGGCGGAGGAGCUGGAGGUUCCUGGUAGCGGCUGCCGCCGGCCAUGGAGAAGAGGAAGCGGAUCCUGGAGCUGCGGGAUCGGCUGGACCGGACGCUGGCGAUGCCCGACCUCGCGGAGGAGGCCUCGCUCAGGGCGCUGGUGAAGAAGCAGAUCCUGGCGUCGUCCCUGCCCGGCUCCGAUCAAGGUGACAUCGAUCUCAUUGCUGAAACGCGGGCAAAAGAAGUCUCUGAGUUUCUUGAAAUGCUAGAUACUUCGAGGGACGGACGAUCUUCCAAGGUCCAUGGGCUGCCACAGAAGGAGUGGAAGGUGAAGCAAGAUACAGACCAAUUAAGAGUGAUGUACCGUGAGGGUCCAGAGGGGACACCAUUUCAUACCUUACUUGCUGAAGGCUUUGCAGAUGGACCUAUUGACGUUUGUACAUGUGUGUCAUGGGAAUCAACUUUAUACAAAAAAUGGUUUCCACAAUACAACCUGCCAACUUUUAGAAUUGAUCAGUCAGGCUGCUUGAAAAAAGUGCGGAUUGGUGAAGAGAUUUGUAUGGUCAGGGUGAAGGUUCCAUGGCCGGUUUCAGAGAGAGAGGCUAUUCUACACUAUUUUGAACUGGAAUAUCUUAAAGAAGAUGUCGUAAUUGUGAUAAUGAAAACUUUAUCAGACUUGGAUGCCAUAGAUGUUCGAACCCAUGGAUUUAGUAGGGAUGGAAUUCCUGAAGCUGGUGACACAGUUCGGAUAGAUGUGUUUGGAGGCUUUGUAUUGCAACGGAUUACAAAAGAAAGAAGCUUUUUCAGGGCAAUAGCUAAUAUGGAUAUCAAGCUAGAUUUUGUUCCACCAUGGUUGAUCAACUUCAUGUCAAGGCAACUAAUAGGCAGCGGGCAUAAGCUGUAUCAAAAGGCAGUCAGCACCGUGGCCAGUCAUGAUGAUGACUACAGGAAAGCUUUGAGAGGACCGCUCUACGUCAGGAUCCGUGAGUACCAGGAUUCUGAUGACAAGGCGAAGGUGGCAGCAACAGAGGAAAAUGCUACCGAGGCGCCCCCUGAUAAUGCCACUACACAAAAUCGUUUGUCACUAACAAAUACCGUAUCGAAUAGCGAGAUUGUGGAGGAGUCCGAACAGAACACAUCCGUCACUGUGGAUAGUCUUCCAACUAGCCAACAACCCUAUGUGCCAGUUGAGCAAGCAUGGCAGGUCGGAAACAGGCCAUACACCAGUCCUGAGGUGGAGCGUGCGCUGUGCAUAUUAGACACUUCUAUUGCACUUCUCAGAGGCGAUGAUAAGGCUGGAAAUGUCACCACGCUACAAAAUCUGCUCAGUUACGAUGCAUCUUUGGAAGCGAGUACUGCUGCUGGUUCCGUAACUUGUCAAACAAACGUUCUUAACGCAGACAGUCUUCCGAAUGGCCAUCCUGUUGCCGCAGCGCCACAAGACUCCAGCUUAUGUUUUCCUUGUCGCAGAGAGAAAGCUAGCGAUAGUGCCGCAGAGGAAGAAGACGCCGGCGACGAAAACUCUCUGAAAAAUCCGACAGCUUCCACUGUGACGAAGAGUGUGUCGAUGACAUUGCGAAGUGCAAUAAGGGUGCACGGUGAAGAGAGCCUGGACACUGAUGGCUUCUUCCAUCAGAACGGUUUCAGCAACAGCAAGGAGUCAAGGCGAGCGAGGAAGUCUAAGAAGAGAUGGCCCUGCUGCUUAAUCCCUACCACUAUGGGAUGAUGUGGGCCCAUCGUAGGACCUCGUUCGUUCAAGUUAAGUUGCUGAUUUUUUGAGUGUACUAUUAACAAACAGUAAACUACAGAAAUUUAGCGCUUCGUCAGUUACACGAUGUGGGUUCAGACGGUAUGUUAUAGCGCGUAGAUAAUGUCUUGGUAAAUGUAAAGUAGAAUCGUUGUAAACAACACGUAAUUCUUCUCACGAGAGCUCUGAUUUGGGGGUAUAUGGGUAAAGUAUAUGGGUAAAGUACAUAUACUAUUAUUUUCACGCAUGGUGGUUAUGCUCAGCAGAGCAUGUAAACGUAUAAACCACUGUUUUAUAUUAUAGACUACACUAUUAUAAA